AUGGAGCUCUGGAACCGCACCUCCCCAUCUGACUUCAUCCUUUCGGACCUGUUCAGCCACUCAGCAUGUGACCUGUUCCUCUUUUCCCUGGUCCUUGGGGCCUCCACUGCCACGCUGGUCGGCAACAUCCUCCUCCUCCUGCUCAUCCGGGCCGACAGGCGCCUGCACACCCCUAUGUACUUCUUCCUCAGCCAGCUCUCUGUCAUGGACCUGACCUUGACAGGCACAGUGGUGCCCAAGAUGGCGGCCAACUUCCUGUCAGGCCGGAAGUCCAUCUCUAGGGGAGGCUGUGCUGCUCAGAUCUUCCUGGUGGUCAUGGUCGGAGGAGCCGAGUGCUUCCUGCUGGCAGUCAUGGCCUAUGACCGGUACUUGGCGGUCUGCCACCCCCUGCGGUACCCUGCACUCAUGAACUGGAAGGUCUGCUCUCUCCUGGUAGUGGCAUCCUGGAUGGGUGGAGUGGCCGACAGUGUGGUCGACGUGGGCGUAGUCCUCAGCUUUCCUUACUGUGGCUCUCUCAAGGUGGACCACUUCUUCUGUGAGGUCCCUGCCCUGCUGCGUCUCUCUUGUGCCGACACCUCACUCUUCGAGGACCUCAUCUAUGCAUGCUGUGCAGUCAUGCUGCUGCUGCCCCUUGGGGUCAUUGUGGCUUCCUACACCCAGGUCCUCACAGCUGUGAUUAAGAUGCCCUCCACCGACGGGAAACAGAAGGCUCUGACCACUUGCUCCUCACACCUGGCUGUGGUUGGCCUCUACUAUGGGGGAGCCAUGUUUAGCUACAUGCAGCGGGCCUCAGCUAGGACACCAGCAGGAGACCGGGCCACCUCCAUCUUCUACACUAUCCUCACCCCAAUGCUCAACCCAUUCAUUUACAGCCUGAGGAACAGGGAGGUAACAAGGGCAGUGAAGAAGAUGCUGGGGAAAUAG